CCUGUCCCUGUUCCGCCGCACCAAAAAAAAAAGAAAAAGAAAGAAAGAAAGGUUAAUCAGCGAGAGAAGAAAGAACGAGAGAACUGAUUACUUGUUUUCCAUCGGCGUUGUCGAGCGCACUUCUCCUAAGAUCAUGACUAUGUCUUAGGCUUCUAUAGGAAAUUCUAGAGGCACUUGAAUCGUCGGGAAUUGGAUUGGAUUGUCUAUCAAGUUAAGAUUCAUCUAUGGCUUCUAAGCACUUCAAGCAUGUGAUUCUUGGAGGAGGAGUUGCUGCUGGAUAUGCAGCAAGGGAGUUUGUUAAACUCGGCCUUGAAGCUGGCGAACUUGCAAUCAUAUCCAAAGAAGCUGUAGCUCCCUAUGAACGACCAGCACUAAGCAAAGCUUACCUUUCCCCCCAGGGUGCUGCAAGACUCCCUGGUUUUCACACGUGUGUCGGAAGUGGAGGAGAGAGAUUGCUCCCUGAAUGGUAUGCAGAGAAAGGCAUAGAACUCAUACUCAGCACAGAGAUUGUGAAAGCAGACCUUGCUUCUAAGACCCUUACAAGUGCAGCUGGUUCAGUCUUCACAUUUGAUAAUCUUAUCAUUGCUACUGGAUCCACAGUCAUUAAGCUCACUGAUUUCGGUGUCCAAGGAGCAAAUGCCAACAAUAUAUUUUAUCUGAGGGAGAUUGAUGAUGCAGAUAAACUUGUAGCAGCAAUUCAACAAAAGAAGAAUGGCAAAGCUGUGAUUGUUGGAGGCGGAUACAUCGGUUUAGAGCUUGGUGCAGCACUUAAAAUUAAUGACCUUGAUGUCACUAUGGUGUACCCUGAACCUUGGUGCAUGCCCCGGCUUUUUACUUCAGGAAUUGCUUCUUUCUAUGAGGGUUAUUAUGCAAAUAAGGGAAUAAAGAUAGUCAAGGGAACUGUUGCUGUUGGAUUUGAUUCUGAUGCUAAUGGUGAUGUUACAGCAGUAAAACUGAAGGAUGGAAGAGUUCUUGAUGCCGAUAUUGUUGUAGUUGGAGUUGGUGGAAGACCACUUACUACUCUUUUUAAAGGGCAAGUGGAAGAAGAGAAAGGUGGAAUUAAGACUGACGGUUUCUUCAAGACUAGCGUGUCUGGUGUUUAUGCCGUUGGUGAUGUUGCUACCUUCCCUUUGAAAUUAUACAAUGAACUGAGAAGAGUUGAGCAUGUUGAUCACGCCAGAAAAUCAGCUGAGCAAGCCGUGAAGGCAAUUAAGGCAAGCGAGGAAGAAGGGAAACAAAUUGAGGAAUAUGACUAUCUCCCUUAUUUUUAUUCUCGUGCCUUCGAUCUUUCUUGGCAAUUCUACGGAGACAAUGUAGGAGACACUGUCCUGUUUGGUGACAAUGAUCCUGCGUCAGCUAAGCCUAAAUUUGGUUCAUACUGGAUUAAAGACGGGAGGUUGGUUGGGGUAUUUCUAGAGGCUGGUACUCCAGAGGAAAACAAGGCAAUUGCUAAGAUUGCUAGGCUCCAACCGGCAGUUGAGGAUUUAGAACAACUUAAGAAUGAAGGUCUUGCGUUUGCUUCUAAUGUCUGAUGACAUGAUUUUUAAGCUUUUAUUUUACAAUGAGUGUUGAUUUGCUACGUGUGUUUCUUUCACGAGAUGAUGUUUGAUUUAGAUAAAUGCCAUUUGGGUAUAAUGAUGGUUGAUUGAGAUACUGUAUUAUUCUGUAUUGGAUUUUGUUGAAGUCCUCCUAACUAUUACACCAAAACUCUGAAGUUAUGGUGAUGGUUGAGAGUUAUAAUUUUAUAUUAAUUCUAACA